UCCUUACAAUUUUUUUCCUGUGCGAAAUGGGUGGUAGCAGUGGCUAAAACUCUGUUCCUCUUUCCUAGAAGCUUUCAGACUUUUCUCCAGGACCCAUCACAAGAAGCCAUCUAUCCAGAACCAAGACCAGGCAAGGCAGCAAGCUGAGUGCUCACGCUCUGGGAAGUGAUGCUGGGAUCAGAGCUGGAGGGGAGAGUGUUGCGGGGGUAGGGGGGCCGGAGGAAGUCUGUCGGAAAUCGAAUGUAAAGACCAAGUCCAGAGACUGGAGCCGGGGGUUGGGGGAGGAACCGCGGACCAGGCCCUAAGCCUGGAGAGAGGAUGUGGGGGGCCAGACCUUGCGUGGGCAGCAAGGGUUACAAACCAAUCGGAAACUGCGUUACCCCAUUAGGAAGAGUUCCUCUGUUUCCUGUCAAAACAUAGACCAGUUACCGCCCAUGUGCUUUUUCUGAAUGUUCUCUAAGGUCUUUAGGGGAUCAGGCUGGCUUACCCUUCCUCCCCGCGCCCCCUCCCUGCACUGCUCUAGCCCCUCUGUCUAACGCAGCAUUGGACAGGGGAGGACAAGGCAGAGGAGAAUCUGUUCUGCAAAAGGCGAGGAAAACAGAACAGUCAUGCUGGACUUGCACAGCUCCGUGAUCCUCACGGCCUACAUCCUCAUCUUCCUCACUGGUCUCCCAGCCAACCUCCUGGCCCUGCGGGCCUUCGUGGGGCGCGUCCGCCAGCCCCACCCUGCACCCAUCCACAUCCUCCUGCUCAGCCUGACGCUGGCAGACCUGCUGCUGCUGCUGCUGCUGCCCUUGAAGAUCACUGAGGCCGCGUCUAACUUCCGCUGGUACCUGCCUGGGAUCGUCUGUGCCCUCAUGGGUUUCGGCUUCUACAGCAGCAUCUACUGCAGCACGUGGCUCCUGGCGGGCAUCAGCAUCGAGCGCUACCUGGGAGUGGCUUUCCCCGUGCAGUACAAGCUGUCCCGCCGGCCCUUGUACGGAGUGAUUGCUGCUCUGGUGGCCUGGAUCAUGUCCUUUGGUCACUGCACUGUCGUGUUCAUCGUUCAGUACUUGAACUCAACCCAGAAGGCCGAGGGUAUGAACGUCAGUACCUGCUAUGAGAACUUCACCAAAGAGCAGCUGGACGUGGUGCUUCCCGUGCGGCUGGAGCUGUGCCUCGUCCUCUUCUUCAUCCCCAUGGUGGUCACCAUCUUCUGCUACUCGCGCUUUGUGUGGAUCAUGCUCGCCCAGCCCCACGUGGGGGCCCAGAGGCGGCGCCGAGCCGUGGGGCUGGCUGUGGUGACACUCCUUAACUUCCUGGUGUGCUUCGGGCCCUAUAACAUAUCCCACCUGGUGGGCUUCCACACGAAGGAGAGCCCCAAAUGGCGCGCGGAGGCUGUGGUAUUCAGCUCCCUCAACGCCAGUCUGGACCCCCUGCUUUUCUAUUUCUCGUCUUCAGUGGUGCGCAGGACCUUUGGCAAAGGGCUGCAGGCGCUGCGGAAUCAGGGCUCCUUGCUGCUGGGCCGCAGAGGCAAAGAGACCGAGGAGGCGGCGAACGGGGACAGGGGUGUGAGUCAAACCGAGGGAGCGCCGAGUUCUGACUUCACCACCGACUAGGGGUGUCCCUGGACCUUCGGGGGCACUCAGGGUGGUGUCUGGGUGGAGCAGGCUGGGCAUCAGAGAGCAGGAGGGUUCCUGUCCCCGGCUCAGGAAUCCUCAGACCCAGUCCCCCACUGGGAUUGUAAAAACCCAUCUCGCUCACCACCUCGGAAGCCCUUCCUGACUGAAUUUUCUGUCACAAAGGAGCACAGCUCCUUGACAAAAAGAGAGAUGGUCAGGCAGAGAUGCACCACCGGACCAGAGCUGCACAGGCCACUCAGCUUGCAUAAUAUAAAUUUAGUCCUUGUGGGAUGGUUGGUAGCUGAAGCGGAAGGUCCUAAAGCAACCUUGCGACCAGCUUCGAAACAAUACCUACACCCUGGCCGGGUUCUUGGUGCUAGAAAGACGCCAAAGGGCAAGACAUAGACGAGAAAUACUAAAUGAGGUCAAGGAAGAUGCAGGAAGGUUCUGGACCAAGGGACCAGGAGGAAGGAUGGGGACUUGGGCCUCCAAUGACCCAGGUCUGGAUGGGAGCCACCCGACCUGCCGCUCUGUAAGUCUGCCCCAGCCGUCUUCAUGGGUGUAUCUGGUCUCCCCAUUAAACUGGGAGCCACCUGAGGUCUGGGCCUUGGCGUCCUCCCACACACACACACCCCAAGCCCCGCCGCAGGUCAAAACCCAGUUAGGCAUCCAUCAGUUAGAGGUUAAGAGUGAAUAGCACAGGAAAAGUCAACCUGGUCUGGCAGAUUGAAAAUAAAGACUAUAAAACUCAGAA